AUGUUGCUCUACAAGGUUUUCCCUGUCCUAUUCGUCACUCUGGUGCUAAAAUUUGCACGUCCAGUUCUCUCCGAUGACGAAAUGGAAGCCGGAGAACGUCGACAUUUUGAAUUAUCGCCGAAAGAUGCAGUAUCGAUGAGUAAAUGGGCCGGUGUAGAUGACGCCAGGAACAGUUUCCCCGGCGAUUUGAUCGUCGGUUAUCAUCUGCCGGACGAGGUGCUCUACAGACGAGUCAUCGAAAUAAGAAAUCCAACAAACGAGCUAAAAACUGGGAUAAUUACGUUCUCGGUGCCAAGAGGGCAGUUCCACUACGUGAGCGCGAUCAACCGAGCCGGAAGCGUGGGCGUGAUGUGCGAGGAGCCCUACACAAUUGGCAAUCCGGAAACGGGUUUCAGAGUCAGGUCGCAACCCAAUAGUCAGGUGGUCCUGGACUGCACCUUCGCAGCUCAUUGAUUUCUACAUUUCUCGUUUUCAUUGUCAU